AUGAGAAAAAGAAAAAGAAGAAGAAGAAGAAAGAACGCCAACCCACCCAAGAAAGUACUCCUGAGCGCAAAUCCUCCUUUGGAACAAUCGGAGAGGAAGAAAAAGAAGAAAAAGAAGCAGAAAAAAUCUCCUGCUGCAACUACUGUUGUCGAGGCUUCUGCUACUGCAAAAGAAACAACUUCACAACCUGAAGCUUCUGCUACCCCUCAAACCCAACCACAAAACUCUGCUCAAGUUAUUUCUCAGGAUGAGCCUACUCCUAGCAAAGCGGCUGAGGGGGUGGUCGAAGGACCAAGCGAUGCACAUCCUGAAGAUGUUGCAGAAAAAAUCCCAUCUCCUCAGCCUGUCGGAACGGCCAUUCUUACUGAAACCUCAUCACCGCCCAAGGCUCCUGGCUCGCCUCACCGCGCUUUCGAAGAUGACAACCUUAAGCCUGACAAUGAAGAAGACCAACUCGAUCAAAGCUUACCACAACAGAAUCCUUCGACAAAUCCUGCCCAAGUAUUGGCUGAUAAUGAUCCUCCAACCAACUUUCAAGCUGACCCCAUUGCUAAUACUGAACAAAGGCCAACAGUUGAUGGCGAGCACUCCACUACCAAUCACCCACAACCAAGUGGGUCAAACCAUGAGUCUAGUUCACCCAGUGCUGGCACCUUCGACUCUGAAGAUGGGAACUCCUAUAUUGGUGAUUCACUUGGUGAAGAGGGAACUUCCGUGUCGAAGCCAUUUCCUACUGUUGUCCUGCCAGCUGAACUUGCUAAAGAGUUAAAAGAUUUAACUCCAGUAGAUGCACUUAGCAAGCUUUUAUCAAGCUAUGGCACCUCUAGCUCCGCUGUUGAGGACACAGAGGGUAGGGAAGAUGUACUUGAGCAAGAACAGUUUGAGCAUGAAAUCAGGUUCAGGAGAGAAAUUCUUAAUGGGGAUAUGCUGGGCUUGCUUGAGCGUGACUCUUCUAUAUAUUACAACAUCAAAGCCCUUUUUCGCAAGCUGCAGAACCCAAGGACUGACGAAGCCAUGUUCCUUCUAGUGACUCAGGCUGAAACCUUUUUAGAACAAUUCGUUAGUCAAUCUCAGCUCCUAACCAGGACUAGCAGCCUUUUGACAUCUCUGCUUGCCACCCAGCAACACCAUUUCGAGCAAGCUAAUAGUUGCAAUGCAGAGGUCACAACUAUCAAGGCUGCCUCUGAUGAAGCUCUUGAGCAACUUGUGGCUUGUGAGAACAAUAUUGCUCAAUGGCAAUCUGAAAUCGAAGCGCUAAAGGCAAAGAUUCGACAAGAGGAGGCUAAGAUGGAAAAGCUAGCUGCAGUGGCUAUUGAAGCACAAAAGGUUAAGCUUGAUGAGCUAGCACGUGAAGGUAUCCAACACUACAGUGAUGGUCUAGCUGUCCAGAAGCGAGUUGAGCACCUUGCUAGUGAUAAGGAAAUGCUACAACGUAAACUGGCGUCCAUUCGAACUCAGUAUUACCAAUUUCAAGCGGCCAAUCGAAAGCCUCCUUCAACAUCCCAACAACAACCUUGA